AUGUGUCGGAGACGGAGACGGAGGUUCUUUGGUAUGCAAAGAACAAUUGAAGCAAGCAAAGAACCGGACCCAGGCGCUGCUUCCUUGCGCGGAAGCACCUGGCCUGCGGCGCCGGCGGCCGCCUUGGCGCUGUUGCUGGUGGAGCUGCAAGGAAGUGCAUUGGCCAAGACGGAGAUGGUGCGCCUGCAAGAGGCACUUGCAGAGUCGGUCCUUUCCGGAGGUUUCAGCGAGAUGCCUUUGGAAACCUUGAGCGAUUGGGCCAAGGCCUUGUCCAGACUGCAGGGCUUCGAGGUCUUGAAGGCUCCCGUGUUGUCCGAAGCCACUCGUCGCCUGGGCGCCGGGGUGGUGCCGGCGGCGGCGCGGAAGGGGCUGGUGGAGGCGUUGCAGCAGAUGCACGGUGAAAGGCUAUUCGAGGAGUUUCCUUUCCUUGCGCGAUCCGAGCCGACUCCGACGACGUGA